AUGUCAAAGAACCCUGUAUUAAACACCUAUAACUUUGUUAGCACUUGGAAUCGAAAGCGACCAUUGGACAGUAGUCAAUACAAGUUGAUCAUACGGCAACAACCAAAGCAAGCACGCUUAUGUAGUAAUAAAGAGAGAGACAGAAGACCUGUUGACCCUCCGCCCAUUAUUCAACUGAAAAUCGAAGGAUACAGUGAGGAAGCUCAUCCAUAUUAUUUCAUGUGUGCUAAUCUUGUACACCCGGCACAGGAGAAUAAUGAACAUUAUAAUAUGUCUCCACGAGUAUUGACAGGCACCGUGGUUUCAUCUCUACACAAAUUAAAAGAUAUCGAUAACCAGGAUGGUGGCUUCUUUGUGUUUGGUGACAUAUCAGUGCGUGUAGAAGGUCGAUAUCGCCUACGAUUCAGUCUUUUUGAAAUCAUAGGGGAUGAAGUUGUCCAUAUUUUGUCCAACCUUUCCGAUGUAUUCAAUGUAUAUUCUCCAAAGACUUUCCCUGGAAUGUCAGAAUCAACCUUCUUAUCAAGAUCAUUUUCGGACCAAGGAGUAAAAAUAAGGAUAAGAAAAGAACAUCGAAUACAAAUGAAACGACCUCCUACUCGACUGACAGAAUCAGGUGAAGAUCAAGACUUGUUAGAAGAAGAAAACGCAAAAAAGAAAAGACGGCCGACAUUCCCAUCAGUUGAUGUACCCGGUGGAGUAUUUCGUGGCCAAGCCAUGUCAUCGCCAACAUCCAUUCAACACCCAUUGAAGCCUGCAAUUGAAUAUCCACAUCAACAACGGACGCAAGACGGCAGUACUAUGAGAUCACCCUAUCUGCCUCGACAUUUAUCCGACUACCCAUCCACAUACAAUAAUUACGAUGAUCACAGUUAUGGAUCUGUUCGAGAUGAUAACAAAGCGUCCUUAGUUGAUCACUCAACAUCAUACUCUCGCGACCCGGAUUCACCCCACCCUGUUUACACGGGAGAAUUAUUCAGUGAACCGCAGCAUUACAGUAAUAGUAUCUACUCACCUAUUUCGUCUCCAAAACCACCUCGAUCAGCUAGCUUUCCAACAGCAUCACGAUCCGUUGAUACAUCUAAUCAAUACAUUCUUCCACGUCGACAUCCUCUAGCGUCUUCUGCAUCUCUUGAUGUUCCCAGAACAAAUUCUUCUCAAUAUUCACUCCCAUCUCGAUCGACAACAGCAAUGACAACAGGAUCAUCGACAUCAUCGACAUUACCGCACUAUGGUCGAAAUGACUCUUUAUCUUCUAAUUCCUCUUUAUCUUCUACAUCAACACCUUAUUAUCCAUCCCACCCAAAUUAUUCGAUAUCACCUAAAUCACGUUCUAUUCAUAGCUAUACUCGCCGUCGCUCGUCUACAACCAACGGACUUCUAACCCCGCCUCAAAACUCAAACGAUGGUACAAUACAUUAUCAGCCUAUUGCUCCCCAUCCUCCCCAUCCUAUAGCUCCCCAUCCUCCCCAUCCUGUAGCUCCCCAUUCUCCCCAUCCUAUAGCUCCCCAUCCUAUAGCUCCACUCGAUAAUCAUAACAAAAAUAACAUUAGUAGCAGUGCGAACAAUAUAGCAACACCUAGUUAUACGGCACAAUUUACUGAUAGUCCGCGAAUGUCGCAACACUCAUUACCCGUAUCACCAUCCAUGAAUUCACACCGUCAUAUUCCAACACCGACACGUACAUUCUCAGUGCCCCUGCCGCGACGUCGGCCUUCUCCGCCACCCAGCAAUUCAAAUGUCACUCUUCCUCCAAUAUCUAGUCUAUUCUCACUACAGCAUCCGAUGAAGAGAAGUUUAUCGAACGAUCAUACAUACACGCCUUCCGAUAACCAUCCGCUUCACCAUUAUCCGCAACAUCACAAUACAGAACACCAACCACUUUCUUUACAUCAAAGUCACGAUGAUCGUCGUAGUCUUGCACAUCAUAGUCAGACUUCAGGACAAUUGCCUCCACAUGAUAGUGGAAUUGCAUCGGGUGGUGAAGACCCGGGUAGAAGUUGGAAUAGAUAUUAG